AUGCCACUAGCAAUAAUCUCACCCAUCAAACAUGCACCGAAAUCGAGGUUGCACUACAACAUGUCCUUGAAGUCAACAAGGGAGAAAAAGCUCGAAGAGAAAGUGAAAAAUCUCACCAAGCAGGUCACAAUGCUCAAAGAGCAUGUAAGCGCCCUUCAAGCAACUGUAAUCCUCCAGGGACGCUACUGUGAUCGAGUUCGUCAUCAUCUCGAGAUGCAAGAGAAGAAAGGCUGUAGAGACAGUGACAAUAUCAAGUUAAACGGAGAUGGUAUGCCAAGGCUACUUACCAGUGACGAGGUCUUCGAGCAAGUCCUGCAAUACCAGGAGCAUCAGCAGGCCAAAGCAGCCGAGAAGGAAACAAGGAAAGCAGCACGGGAGGCACGAACACGUGAGAUGGAGGUGUGGAUGCAAGAGGAUGAGGCGAGAAAAAACCGAAACAAGGCCAAGACUGAGCAGUGGAAGGUUGCUGUCAAAAAGUGGGAGGCCGAGUGA